AGCUGCUACGGCACGGAGCGGCGCGCGCGUGCUCCUACAACUCGAGCGGCUUCGCACGAGAUCUCGGCACGAUGUCGAAGUGUCGCGUGAUCAUGACUGAAAAGUAUCAGCUAUCCGAACGUAGCCAGCAUCACCGUCGCUGAACACUCUCAUUCUCGACAGUUGCGCCUUCGCCUCGUGGUAAAACUCUCGACGAAGCUUGAGAAAGAAGAUAGAAACUUCUCGAAGAUAGAAACAAUAGUCGACAAACUCCCUCCCUUCGACGGGAGGGAACCACAUUCGUUUCGCUUUCUCUUCUCGACUGUGCGAGGGAAAUUUGUUCCAAGGGACAAAUUUUCGCGUCGGGGACGGUGGCUGUUGGAGGAUUCUCCGGCGGGCGGCCGGAGACAGUAGAACGAGAGUAGCACGGCGACGUAGUAGCAUAUCGUGACGCGGUUCGAGCGUAACCGCGGCGGAAGAAAGAAAUGUGCAAGAAGAAUCAAACAGGUGGACGGAAGGAUCGAACCCGGCAGCUUGCCUCCUGCACUCGCCACCAUGUUUCUUCCCGGUCCCGUCGAGCCCGGGUCCCGUGAAAUCCCCGUCGAUGCUACGUUCUAUCGCCGAUGCGACGAAUCACAAUCCACGGUACCAUCACCGGCCACCGUCGCGAUGCACCGUUCUCCACGCGAACGACCCGGAUAUCCCGCCACGAAAGCAACGACCUGCAACGAAAUCGACCGACUCGACGAACCUGAUUCGACAAACCCGCUCUGAACUCAGCCCGAGCGAGCCGAACGAACGAGAAACGCGUCGUCGACGCUAUUCGAAAAGCCCAACCACUCGCAGUUAUGAAGUCAUGAAGCUUCUGCUGCUUGCCGCGCUCGGUUGCGUGUGCUCGGCCCAUCGCGAGCCAAGCAGCGACGACUACCACAGUUUCGAGCAGAUCCGUCGUCACGACGACGUCGACGACGACAACUAUCGCACUGAUCGCCGGUGGUUGAUCGAUAGGGAGAAACUCGCCGAUCACGUGCAGACUCUUGGCAGUAGAUCGAGAAACGACGAGGAAUGGUACGUGGACAGGGAUGAUCGGAUCGGGCGGCGAGUGCAUCGCUAUCGGCUCGAGAACCCGGAGACCCAUCACCUGAUCCGACACGGUCGCCGACAGUUCCGAUCGAUGGAUCAGAACGCGCACCCGCAGAUCAACUGGCCGGUGAAGAAAGAAGCGGUGGUCGAGGGUGAUCUGGUACUCGGUGGUUUGAUGAUGGUGCACGAGAGGGAGGACACGGUCACGUGCGGCCCGGUGAUGCCGCAGGGUGGCGUGCAAGCUCUCGAGGCGAUGCUCUACACCCUGGACAAACUCAACGAGGACGAGGGUAUCGUGCCAGGUGUGAAGAUCGGGGCGCACAUCCUCGACGACUGCGACAAGGACACGUACGGCCUCGAGAUGGCCGUGGAUUUCAUAAAAGGUAAGUAAACGUUGGGACACGUUCCCCCGUCAUUUCGUUCGACGAUUAUUUCUUCACGACGGUUUUUCUU